CUCACAUGUGGCUCUUCCAAUCUCCUCCACACAAUGCUUAAUCAACUCAUAACUCCAGAAAAAGAUCCUACCCCCUUCCUUUGUCCUAAAAUUAUUCUUAUCAACCAACAUUUUGAUACACCACUCUUAAUUUCUUAUAGUACUAUAUUUCUCAGCAUCAUAACCAUGGCUGCUGCAUUAAGUGCUUCAGUCUCUCUUCCAUCCUCUAAUUCCACUUCUCUUUCCAUCAGAACCACCUUUAUUUCCGCGGAAAAAAUCACUUUCAACAAGUUAUAUUUGUUUGAGCAGGUUCCUUUGUCCCACAGAAAUGUAUCAGUUGGCAGAAAAGUGUCUCCUAUUAGAGCUCAAGUCACAACAGAAGCUCCUGCAAAGGUUGAGAAGGUAUCAAAGAAACAGGACGAGGGCGUAGUUGUAAACAAAUUCAGGCCAAAGGAACCUUACAUUGGUAGAUGUCUUCUCAACACUAAGAUCACUGGAGAUGAUGCCCCUGGAGAAACUUGGCAUAUGGUCUUUUCCACUGAGGGAGAGAUACCAUACAGAGAAGGCCAAUCCAUUGGAGUGAUUCCAGAUGGUGUUGACAGUAAUGGAAAGCCUCACAAGCUCAGAUUGUACUCCAUCGCUAGCAGUGCCCUCGGUGACUUUGGAGACUCCAAAACCGUGUCUCUGUGUGUCAAAAGGCUUGUCUACACCAAUGACAAAGGGGAAAUAGUUAAAGGGGUCUGCUCGAACUUCUUAUGCGACUUGAAGCCUGGAGCUGAAGUUAAGAUUACUGGACCUGUUGGGAAAGAAAUGCUCAUGCCAAAGGAUCCCAAUGCUACAGUUGUAAUGCUUGCCACAGGAACUGGAAUAGCUCCUUUCCGUGCAUUCUUGUGGAAAAUGUUCUUUGAGAAGCACGAGGAUUACAAGUUCAAUGGUUUGGCUUGGCUUUUCUUGGGUGUUCCAACAAGUAGCUCACUGCUUUACAAGGAGGAAUUCGAGAAAAUGAAGGAGAAGGCCCCAGAAAACUUCAGACUGGACUUUGCUGUGAGCAGGGAGCAAACUAAUGAGAAAGGUGAAAAGAUGUACAUCCAGACCAGAAUGGCUCAAUAUGCUGAAGAACUAUGGACUUUGCUCAAGAAAGACAAUACAUUUGUGUACAUGUGUGGACUCAAGGGCAUGGAGCAGGGAAUUGAUGACAUAAUGACUUCACUUGCUGAAAGAGAUGGUAUUAAUUGGGCAGAUUACAAAAAGCAGUUGAAGAAGGCAGAGCAAUGGAAUGUGGAAGUCUACUAAAAUUUUUGGUUUCUUUGUACAAAUAUGAGCAAGUAUAGUUUCUCUGCUCUACAUUCAUGUAGAUAGUUCUUGUUGUGACAGCGUUCUGCGAUGGCCCUUUGGAAGUUGGAUUUUUGAGGGGUAUGGAUGAUAAACGUAUUGCUGAUUAACCUCCAUAUGAAAUAUUAGUCCCUGUGAACUGGAGUUUAUUGUUACAUACUAAUAUAGAGGAGCAUAGCAGAAAUCAAUUAUAAAGUUGGAUGGAAAUGUACACCACUGUAUUUCCUAUAAUGUUUUGUGUUUUAGUGAAUAAACAUAUCAGGAAUCGGGUAUAAUACUAAAUUACCAAUUGAGACUGCUUGUUUGGAUGA